AUGACAGUAUUGACAAAUCCUUUAUAUCGUCCCAUCCUUGAAAUCAUCAGAUCGGCAAGAAAUGGUAUAGUCUAUGGGGGUAAGAUAAGAUUCAGUCAUGCGUUAGUUAUUAAUUUAUUAUAUAGAUCAGGACCCAUUAGGCCCAGAUUAAUCGAAGUUUUGAAAGCUACCAGAAGUCAUGCUGAAGUUUUGGCGGUAUUUGCUGUUAUUUAUAAGUUUGCUUUGAGUGUUUUGGUCAAUGAUCAAGUAUUAGGAGGUAAUUCAAAGACCCUUUCAAAAUUCAUUGCUGGUUCAUUUUCUUCAUGGAUAGUUUACAGUCAACACUUCAAUUUAUUCCAUCCUGGUAUAACUCAUCAAAUUACCUUAUACUGUUUUUCAAGAGUAUUGGUUGCAGGUUGUAAGAUUCUAUUAGAUUAUUAUUUAAACUGUACUCAACCAACAUAUUCCAUUCAUGAAAAGAUUGUCAAGUAUAGAGAAUUAUCAGUUAAUCAGCAGCUGAAGUUAAGACAAAAUUAUUAUAAUAAAUCAUGGAAGUAUUUUGCUGUGUUAACUUGGGGAUUGGUGAUGUUGAUUUAUGAUACUCACCCUCAAUACUUACAGAGUUCAUUGAGACAUUCCAUGCAUUACAUUUACGAUGUUGAGCAAGAUGUGUGGCCAUCAUGGAAAGAUUUCUUUGGUAUAUGA